UGUACCGGUUACAUAUGGCAAUAAAGUUCAAGUUCAAGUUCAGGGAGCUCCGCAGGAGAGCUCUGGAGAAAGCAUCCGAACCAGCUGGAGGACCGAGCCGCAGAACCAGAAUCCCGAGGGGCUCUAGAGUGAUUGCAGAGUCAAACGACCUCUCCCAGCCAGCCAAGGAAGCAGCUGAGUGGCCAAAGAGGGCAGUACUUUUACAUGUGUGUUUUACAUAUACACUGUGCACAGUCUUCUCGGUUAACUGGGACCUUGUGCUUAGUCUACACCGCCUCUGGCUCUUGUCCAUUUACUGCCUGGCCUGUAACAACUACAUUACUGCAGCUUUUAUUUAUUUUUUUACCCUUACUUUUAUUGAAAUGUGUGAAACUGAAAUUUGUGAAUUUACUAACGCUGUUUGUUUUUGUUCAAUAAAUCUAAAAAACACAAACAAACAUGCUGUGAUGAAGUAGCCAGGGAGUCACAUUUUAUCUUACAAUGUCAAGUAAUGAGCACAGAUUCACUGUACAAAUACUACAGUAAUGUAUAGACGUAGUAGCGUGUCAGGGAACAGGAAUGUUGAAGCUGACCUAAUUUCUCCUGAACAUCUUCGGUCAUUGUUUAUCCCAAAAGGAUAAGUGUCAUUUUCAACAAUACAGUUCAUCAGUCCAUGACAUGAGUUACAGACUUUUCACAUCCAUUAACACCAUUUUAUUGAACUAUUAGUAGGGCACAUUUUAAGCUUUAUAGAAAACAAUCCCCAUACCAUAUCUGUAUGAUAAUGCAGAGAGCACGCGAUGUGAGCAGUUUCAGUCUUAGAAAUGAGUGCGGCAGAGCCUGCUCAGCCCCGCCUCUCCGACAUGUGGCCAUUCGUUUUUUCUGUUGUCACUUGUCAUACCCCCAGGGCUGGAGAUCUGAUAAGUGGGAGGAGAAUAGUGACACAGAGCGGCUCCUCCAGAAGCUCUCAUUCAUUGUCAGGGCUGACACCUAAUGAGAUCAGCCCACUUGCUUUUCUGUUGUUCUUCCAGACAGGAAAAGGUAUCUGAGUAAACACAGAAAUGGACCACAAAUCAUUAAUAGCUUUGCUGCUGUUGAGUCUCCUGCAAGAAACAAGAGGUGAAGACUCCAUCGAGGACAGCAGCUCACUGUAUGGUAUUAGAGGAGGCUCAGUUCUGAUUCCCGGGGCUGAGAUGGAACAGCCACAACAUUUUGUACAGUGGGAAUUCAAGAGACGCACAAACACAUCCAUAGCUACCUCUGUUGUGCACUACUACAUAGGAUCUGAUCCUGAUGUCUACGAACCUUAUGUGGAACGAAUUACCUUUGUUAAACAAAACAUGUCAUUUGUUUUACACCACUUGAAGAAGAGUGAUGAAGGCAUAUACACUAUGGAGUGGGAUCACAAAAACAAGAGGAAAGUCACUUUGCAUGUGAUUGAUCCAGUACAGAAACCUGUAAUCCAGACUGAUUUUGGAUACAACGCGUCUGUCAACGUGAGUAUGUCUUGUCAAGGACAGGAAGGAGUCUUUUACACCUGGACAAAAGACAGGGGGACAGUUUCACCAGAGAGUGUGAGAGACCAAGUCGUGGUACUUUCUGGGGACAGAACCAGCAUAUGUGGAAAAUAUACAUGCACGGUGAAAAACCAGCUCAGCAGCAGCCAAGAGGAGUACCACCUUUUGCUUUUUGGAUUCUACUGGCAAGAUUUUGCUGGUAUUUUAUGUGGGUACACUGCCCUGGUUACUGAAGGUCUGGUAAUACUUCGACUCCUCCAGGGUGUGUUCUUUAAGCAAAAGUCAACGUGUUUGGGCUGGAUCAGUGAUAAAUGCAGCAAAGUUGCAUUGAUCAUUGUGCUCUUUGGAUCCCUUGUCGAGUUGCAGACCUCUGAUCAUGCUGCAUUUGCAAUUCCUAUGGCAGUGCUUUUGAGUAUCAUUCUAAGUGUGAGAAUGCUGCUGUUUCUGUGUACAGUGAAGCAGAGGAAACGGACAAAUAAAGAUGAGCAGAAAACAAACAAGUGGAGGGCUGGCUGGAAAAGUGUCAGCUGGAUUGUUGUGAUAUGUUCUUCAGCUAGACUGACUGUUAUUUAUGGAAAGACUUACUGGAUUUGCGGAGAAGGAAGUCACCUCAUCUGGUGUGUGUUUGGUAGUCCAUUUAUUGUGAUUGCAGUCAUGCUCCUCAUCUUUCACUGCUUAUCAAGAAAGGCUGUGGAGGUGGAGGCUCAGGGUGAAGAAACCAUGUCAGCCCAGAAUCAGAGUGAGAGACCGGGGGAUUUGGGAGACUGAAAGAGAUUGGGGGGUGCCCUCUUCCCUCUGCCCUUACGAAUUACAGAAAAAUGAAGGGGUGCUGUGCAUUAGGAGAGUGGAGGGGGGUGCAGGGAUCUCUAGUAAUACCUCUAACACCCCAGAAAGGUACAGCCAUAGUGGGAAUAUGGGUUAUGGUAAAGAACACAAGGAAAAUGAAGUGCUACAGUUUUUGCUCUGGCAACAGGAAAAAAUGCAGUUUUCUAGGAAAACAAAUUCUCCACCUGUCCGGCCCAGUCAGUGACAGUGAGAGUGUCAGUGGACAUAUCAGAGGACUUAGUCAUCAUGGGUUUCAUUCUGUGAGAGCCUGAGAAGUAGAGCUGCCAUAUCCUCACUUUUUAGUCCAGUCUAAGUGCACAGGGUAGAGCAGGAGACACAAUCACACUUGAUACAGAUACAACCAUUUUUGCAAGGAGGACCAGCCAGUUUGCUCAAACCUGUGAGAGAAGAAGCACUGUUUAAAUCAGGCUGUAACAUGUAAGACCUAUUUUCUUACAGAAUUUAUAAUUUUUUCAGAUCAUUUUGGUUGAACUUGAAUAACUUGUUCAUUAUUAUUAUUUACAUGGGUAUUGAUGACUUCAAUAGUCAACAGUCCAUUUUUGUAAAGUUGUACCUGUGUCAGGUUACAAAGAUAUUUGUAUUCAU